AUGGCCUUUUCUGAAGCAGUUAAUGGGAAAAUCGGGGGGUUCUUCAAACCCACGAGAGGGCUACGCCAGGGUGACCCCCUGUCGUCAGUGCUUUUUAUUAUGGCAGGGGAACCAUUUUCUUGCAGCCUGAAACACCUUGUGGAGAUCGAAGCUUGCCGGCCUUAUAAACUCCAACGUGGCUGCCGGCUUGUGAUGCAUCUUCUGUAUGCAGAUGAUACCCUAGUGUUCAUGAACAGCUGCCGCAAGACCCUCAUGAAGUUCAAGGUGUUCUUGGACUCCUUCCAGAAGGCUUCGGGACAAAAGAUAAAGUGCAACAAGAGUUGUUUCAUUAGGCCCAAAUCGAUGGCGUCAUCUAGAGCUCGGUCGAUUGAGAGACUUCUUGGCUUUGCAAAUGCUAGUGAUGAAGUCAAGUACCUGGGCAUCCCUCUCUGUAGAGGCAGAGUAAAAAUUUCAGACUUUCAAUUCCUCAUUGAUAAGUUUUUCUGGGGCUGGGUGGAUGGCGCCCAAAAACUUCAUUGGGUGGCUUGGGAAAAGAUUACGAGACCCAUUAGUGAAGGAGGUCUGGGUAUCAGACGGCUUAACGAAGUUUUGUCAGCCCUCUGUAUGAAGAUUGCGUGGGAGGUUAAAUAUGGUAAAAAGGCCGGGCCGCGAGUGUCCCUCAUGCAAGCAAAAUUUCACACUGACAUUUACAGGGACACUGUCAAUAGAGUACGGGAUAAGGCUUCACCUUACUGGAAAAAAAUUAGAUCCUAUUUCCCUCUCCUCGCAAUGAAGGUGCAAUGGCAGGUUGGUACGGGGGACCUACACCUGUGGACAGAGACUUGGACGGGCCUGGCCCAUUGCAAGAUCUCACGUCUGACCCCCAUCCCCAGCCACAUUCUGUCCCUCAAGAUCAGGGACUUUCUGGGAACUGCUGGCCUGCUCCCGCCUUUAGUCAUCCUUACAUAUCUGCCCCAACAUGCUAUAAAUCACAUCUUCAAUGGUGGUUAUGCUACUUCAGAAGAUCGCCCAUCCUGUUUUUGGCCCCUCGACCACUCAGGCCUGUUCACGGUAAAGUUGGCCUGGAAGAUUUCUAGAUCCCCUUCUUCAUCUCCAAGGUGGAGUAAAUGGCUAUGGAACAAGACUCUUCCUCCUAAAUUCUCUGUCUUUUGUUGGAGACUGUUGCAUGGGGCUAUCCUGGUGGACGACUGA